AUGUCUAACCCAGAGGUGAUGGCUGCCCGUCUCAUGUCAUUUGAUCACAUGUACAGUUAUGAAAAGCGACUACAGACUUUUUCCGAGUGGCCUUUUCGAGAGGAUUGCCUGUGUACACCAGAACUGAUGGCCAAGGCAGGUUUUGUACAUUGUCCGAGUGAGAAUGAGCCAGACGUGGCCUGCUGUUUCUACUGUCUCAAAGAGUUGGAGGGUUGGGAACCUGAUGAUAACCCCUGGACCGAGCAUGCCAAACGCUCUCCUAACUGCGCUUUUCUUCACCUGAAAAAGACAUUUGAAGAGGUCACUGCGAUUGAGUUCUUUCAACUGGAACAGGAGAGACUCCGUGUCUACAUUAAGAAGAUGGCUCACAUGAAAAUCGCCAACUUGCGUGAUAAAGUGGAUGCCAUCAGCGAAAAUCUGAGAACUCUGAUUUGAUAUUUGCUGUUUUUUUUUAAUACUUCACUUUUUGUA